UAGGCGUCUUGUUUACACCGGCUGUGUCGGGCCUCUGAAGUCGCUUUACAUCUUUAUUGCUUACAAUCGGUCACAUUUUCCUUCCAAGGGUCAUUGUAUGAAACCUCCAAUCUGGAUCGAGGCGGGAGCAACAGGAAGAAGAAGAUAGAGGAAUUCUCUAGGUCUUCUCGAGAGAAACUGGUCCAGUCGAAGAACAAAAUGUUCUCCAAAUUUACCUCUAUUCUCCAGCACGCAGUGGAAGCACUUGCCCCUUCGCUGCCCUUGCAGGAGGACUUCGUCUAUCACUGGAAGGCCAUUACACAUUAUUAUAUAGAAACUUCUGAUGAUAAAGCCCCUGUUACAGACACCAACAUUCCAUCCCACCUGGAGCAGAUGCUGGACAUCUUGACCCAGGAAGAAGAAGAGAGAGAAUCUGGUGAAACUGGCCCAUGCAUGGAGUACCUCCUACAUCACAAGAUCCUGGAGACUCUCUACACCUUGGGCAAGGCAGAUUGCCCUCCAGGGAUGAAGCAGCAGGUGCUAACAUUCUAUACAAAACUGCUAGGGCGUAUUCGUCAGCCUCUCCUACCCCAUAUUAAUGUCCACAGACCUGUGCAGAAACUGAUCCGUCUGUGUGGUGAAGUGAUGGCUGCUCCCACAGAGAAUGAAGAGAUCCAGUUCCUCUGCAUAGUGUGUGCCAAACUGAAGCAGGACCCGUACCUUGUCAACUUUUUUCUUGAGAACAAGACUAAAAGACCCGACACAAAAUGUCCUGGAGGGGCAGAGGGUGUAAAGGAGAACCUGUCGGCCCCGGACACAGGCCAGCCUCAAGUAGAGGAACAGGCUGAACCACCAAAGUGGUCCCAUCCUGAAGCCUCCUCUGUCAAAUUUCGCCCAGCCAGCAACAAUAACAGCAACAACUAUAACCUGGUUACCUCCCUGCUCAACCUCACAAAGAGCCCGGAUGGCAGGAUUGUGGUGAAGGCUUGCGAAGGCCUGAUGCUGCUGGUCAGUUUACCAGAGCCUGCAGCUGCCAAGUGUCUGACUGAGAACACUGAGCUGUGUGAGCUCCUGACUGACAGGCUGUCUACAUUCUACAUUGCCCUGCCCCAGUCCAUGGACCCCUUGGACAUAGAGACAGUAGAAUCAGUCAACUGGGGUCUGGAUGUAUACAACCUGAAGGAGGAUGCUGCGGUGUUCACAGGGAAGAGGGCUCUCAUCUCGUUCCUCUCGUGGCUUGAUUACUGUGACCAGCUCAUCAAGGAGGCUCAGAGGACGGCAGCUGUGGUGAUGGCCAAAGCAGUGAGAGAACGAUUCUUUGUCUCAGUCAUGGAACCACAGCUUAUGCAGACGUCUGAGGUGGGAAUCCUGACCUCCACAGCCCUUCUGAAUAGGAUUAUCAGGCAGGUGACAUCAGAGGCUCUGCUCCAGGAGAUGGUAUACUUUCUGCUUGGGGAGGACAGAGAAUCAGAGACUCAAGCCACAAUUGCCCAGAAUCCACUCAGACACAGACUCAUAGAGCACUGUGACCAUCUGUCAGAUGAGAUCAGCAUAAUGACGCUACGUCUGUUUGAGCAGCUGAUCCAGAAGCCCAACCAGCACAUCCUCCACAGCUUAGUGCUGCGAAACUUAGAGGAGAGGAACUACCUAGAGAACAAGCCCCAGGAGGAGCGAGAGCCCCUGGAGAAUGGACAGCCCCAUGAUGCCGUAGAUCUUGAAGAGGAUCCUCUGUUUGGUGAUGACCUCUGCCCAGACAGCAGACUAUCCAGUUCUGAUUGGCUGAGCUCCUCUCCACCACAGAGUCCUGACCACUCAAACUCUGAGGGGAAGACAGAAGUGCACAAGAUCGUCAACAGUUUCCUGUGUUUGGUGCCUGAUGAGGCAAAAUCAUCUUAUCAUGUGGAGGGCACGGGCUAUGACACCUACCUUAGAGAUGCACACAGACAGUUCAGGGACUACUGUGGGAUCUGCCAGCAGUGGGAUUGGAGGGGUAGUCCAAAGCCUCUGGAAAAGUGUAACUUGGAAAGUCCCUUCUUUGAGGGUCACUUCCUCAAGGUCCUCUUUGACAGGAUGGGACGCAUCCUAGAUCAGCCCUAUGAUGUAAACCUGCAGGUGACCUCUGUGUUGUCCAAGCUGUCUUUGUUACCUCACCCCCACAUGCACGAGUACCUCCUGGACCCCUAUAUCAACUUAGCCCCUGGCUGCAGGUCCCUCUUCUCUGUCAUUGUCAGAGUGGUGGGGGAUCUCAUGUUGAGGAUUCAGCGAAUCCCUGACUUCACACCCAAGCUCUUACUAGUGAGGAAGAGAUUAUUAGGUCUCGAACCAGAGGGCAUCAAUAUUGACCACAUGACUCUACUAGAGGGAGUGAUCGUGCUGGAGGAGUUCUGUAAAGAGCUAGCGGCCAUUGCAUUUGUCAAGUACCACGCGACUGCCUCCUCCUCACCCUAACCCUCCUGACCACAUGUCCAGC